ACUGCGCCUUACUGCGGUUCAGUCAGUAGUGAUAUGAUCGCCGUGUCGUGAAGUGCGAUAGCGUGUUGACUAAUAAUGGAGAACUUUGGCUACAAAGAAGGUUCGGCCAAACCCAAGCGCCGGAUUGGGACCCGAUCGAUGAAAGCUCAACAGGUUCCGAUAGCAAUGAAAAGGUUUUCUCUAACUCCGGAUGUUACGGUUCACUGGCGAAACGAUCCGGAAGCUGUCCUGGCGGAAGACUUUGAAUACAUGAAAAUUGGUCCAUCCCCACCGGCAGAAAAUGCUCCGAAUAUGUUUGCCAACUACGAAGAAUCAAAUGCCGAAUUUGGCUUCGAAGUAUCAAAUGAAACGAUUCGAACAUCACUGAUGGAACAAAUGCGAUUGUCGUCCGGUAGAUUGAAGCUGCUGGACAAUAUAGAGCAAGGCAAUAUUAUCGCUGCUAAUACGAAAGAAAUGUUUGAGGGAGCAACAAAGGCUGAAAGGAAUAUCAGUUUUAUGUUUGCAGCGUUCCUCAAACGUUGGGAUCUGUUGGAAAGUUUGUUGGAAUGUGGAGCAGAGUUGAUAUUUUUCGACAGCAAUGGGUUCAGUGCGCUGCAUCUGAGUUCGUUUAGUGGUUGCUUGAACUGCACGAGUUUUCUAGUGUCCAGAGGCAUUGAGAUCAACAUGCAGCCAAGGGCAUUUACACCGCUUCACUGUGCGGCAUUCGGAAAUUCGGUGGAAGUUGCUCGAUAUUUGAUAACGAAGGGAGGAAAGCUGAAUAUCAACACGAAGAAGCAAAACUGUGAAGAAUCAUUGCUACAUUGUGCCGUCCGUUCCAAUGCCAUAGAUUGUGUGAAGUUGUUCAUAUCGCAAGGAAUGGAUGUCAACUCGAUUAAGCCGAGUGGCAUGAAUGCCAUUCAUCUGGCUGCGGAUUUGGGUUAUGUUGAUUGUUUGAAGGCGUUGUUGGACUUUCCAACGGCUGAUCCAAAUAUUCGGAUUGGAAUACGUGAAAAGGAAUCGACGGCGCUACACUUGGCCGCUGAUGAAGGAAACGUUGAAUGUGUGAAUCUACUGCUGGCCAAAGGAGCCAACGCGAAGCUGAAGAAUCACCGUGGUUUUACUCCAUUGCAUCUUGCUGCCCGAACGUCCAGUUUGGAGUGCGUUGAGCUACUGCUGAGAAUAGGCAAUGCCGACCCUAAUGCGGAAGAUUUCGACCAACGUACACCACUCCACGCUGCGAUCGGAAAGUCGGAUACAGCUUUCGAUAUAAUCGAGACACUGAUCUGCUGGGGCGCUGAUGUCAACAGUAAAGAUGUGUUUGGAUUUACGCCACUACAUUUGGCUGCACUGGACGGGCUCGCUCAUUGCGUUGAAAUCCUAAUCUAUCACGAUGCAGAUGUUACAACAAAGUCAAAGAAAGGAACGACAGCGUUGAACGUUAUCACAAGAAAGACACCUGCGUCGUUAGUCAUGAUAGGUAGGAAGUUUGAUGAUGCAAUGACGUUGAUUACCUCACAGGAUCCAUCCGACAAAGAAGUUGUGCUGGAGUUGGAUUUUAGAUAUAUUCUACAGCAUUGUUAUCCAAGGGAAAUCAGCUACCUAAACACCCUUGUCGAUGAAGGGCAGAAGGAAAUCCUGCAGCACCCUCUGUGUUCCGCUUUUUUGUAUAUCAAGUGGGGCAAGAUACGCAAAUAUUACAUUGCUAGACUGCUGUUUUGUUUUAUCUUCAUUCUGUUUCUUACUCUAUAUGUACUGACGGCUCUGGCUCACAACUGUUACAACGGAAGUAAGGAUAUGGAGGAAACUAUUCAGGAACAAGAACUAUGCCAAAAGCAGUCCAUUUUGGGAAACAUGUUACGCAACAAUCCAUUCGUAAUGGAAAUGCAGUGGAUGGUAUUGGUAGCUAUAACGUUUGUGGAAAUUUGCCGAAAACUGUAUGGAAUGACCGGUUAUCCAUCGAUUCGCCGAUACAUAACUCAAAUGGAGAAUGUGACCGAAUGGUUUAUUAUAGUCAGCGUUUUCGUUAUCUCCUACAUCUACACGAAAAGGACAUACACAUGGCAAAAUCAUAUCGGAGCAUUUGCGGUACUGCUGGGAUGGACCCACUUGAUGGUAAUGAUUGGACAGUUGCCGGUAUUUGGUGCCUAUGUUGCCAUGUAUACAAAGGUUCAAGUUGAAUUCGCCAAACUCUUCAUAGCUUACUCAUGCAUGCUGGUUGGAUUUACCAUCAGUUUUUGUGUGGUUUUCCCAUCGUCAUCAUCUUUUGAAAACCCCUUCAUGGGAUUUAUAACGGUCUUAGUAAUGAUGGUUGGCGAAUUGGAUCUGGAGUUGCUGAUCAACGACCCCGAUGGAAAAGAUCCACCAUUUAUGCUGGAAUUGAGUGCCCAAAUUACAUUCGUGCUGUUUUUGCUAUUUGUCACAGUAAUUCUGAUGAAUCUUUUGGUAGGCAUAGCCGUGGAUGAUAUUCAAGCCCUGAAGAAAACAGCAACUCUGUCCAAAUUGGUUGGUCAAACGAAGCUAAUCUCCUACAUUGAAUCGGCACUAUUCAACGGUUGGCUCCCGAAUUGGCUGCGAAGCUUGCUGUAUCACACGGCUCUAGUUUCGCCUCAAGCGCACCGUGUCAUUCUGAGUGUUAAGCCACUGAACCCCGAAGAAAAACGUCUCCCAAGACCGAUCAUGAUGGCUGCUUACGAAGCGGCGAUGGCGAAAAACCAAGCAUCCGCCCCCAUUAUCAAUCCCGCUGCUUACAAGUAUCGAUUCCAAAACGGUAACGUACCAUCCGGCCAGCAGCCCAACGGAAAUCAACCUCUGGAACGUAUAAUAGAAUCGGACUUUGGCUUUGAAACCGCUAGCUUAUGUACACUGACAACAAAAAUAGAUGAAAGCACGGUAAAGCUAGAGGAACUGACCAAAGAGAUUUUUGAGCUGAAGGAAGUUUUGAAGAAUAAUCAAGAUUUAGUUGAUAAAAUCUCCAACAUACUUUUGAAGUGAGCAUGCCGUACGUCGCACGGCAGCAAAACUAUAUUCAAAAAAUACUAGCAUGAUACAUAAAUGGAUGACAUACUGAUGAAUAAAGGACGAUAUUUUAAAUGCA